AUGGUUGACAAGGGCAUGGGAUUGCAGAAAACAAUCCGCCUUACACGCUUCCUAAACAAUAAAAUUCUGGUGGUGUCAAUUGAGCUAAAGAUCAGUCAAUCUCUGCUUGUCUAUGUUGGGGAAAGCCAAAAGAAGAGAUUUAUAGUUCCAAUUUCAUUCUUGAACCAGCCUUCGUUUCAGAAGUUGUUAAGUGUAGCCGAGGAGGAAUUCGGAUUAAAUCAUCCUAUGGGUGGUCUCACAAUUCCUUGCAGAGAAGAAGUCUUCGUUGAUCUCACUUCAAGCUUGCAUUAGUUGCCUAGCGCUAAAACAUUUAUCAG